AUGCGUUGGAUCCGCCCUUCCGACUUCCGCAGCCGCAAGGCCUUCCUCCACGCCAUUCAGUCCGAGCAGGCGGAUAUUGUGCAGACGGAGAAGCAUCAGUGGAGCAACGUUGACCUCGAUCCGAGCCCGCAAAAAGACCGGACUUGGAACUCGUUCGUCUACCUGGCGUUCUGGCUGUCUCAUGCUGCUAACGGUAGCGCGUGGACGUCGGGCUCGUCCGCUAUCACGCUAGGCUUGUCGCCGCUUAGCGCAUGGUUAGCGCUCGCCUUUGCGCACUUGUUCAUCACCAUUCUGAUUGUGCUCAAUGGACGCGGUCCCUCACGGUACCAUAUCGGCUUCCCGGUCAUGGCGCGGUCCGCCUUCGGCGUGUGGGGCAGCUACAUGGUUAUCUUCAUGCGGGCGGUUGUUUGCAUUGUGUGGAACGGCGUGAACAGCUACUACGGAGGAAGGCUCGUCAGUGUAGCCAUCAAGGCGAUCUGGCCUCGUUGGGGCGAUCUGCCAAACGCUCUGCCCGCCAGCGCAGGAAUCACGUCUACGGAUAUGGCUGCAUUCUGGAUCUUCAUGCUCGUAUUCGGCAGCAUGUCAUUCAUCCACGCGCGCGACCUGCGGUACUUCUACCAAGUCAAGUCCAUCCUUGUCUUCAUCGUGAUGCACGCGCUGCUGAUCUGGUGGAUGGUCAAGGCGCGCGGCGUCGACUUCACGGUCUUCCCCGAGGCGAAGAUGUCCACGGACACGAAGGCGUGGCUCGUGUUGCAGGCUUUCAAUGCGGGGCUUGGAACGGCGUCGUCGGUCACGGUCAACCAAGGAGACAUCGCUCGCUACGCGAGGCAUCCCAAUGACCAGUUGUGGACGACGUUGAUCGGAUAUCCGAUUGCGUCCGCACUGCCCUGCUUGUAUGGCAUUCUCGUCGCCUCUGCAAGUAAGAAGAUCACCGGCACACCGCUUUGGAACUUGUGGGACACCCUCGACUACAUGCUCGACCAAUAUCCCGAGUCCGAAAACCGUGGCGCGCGCUUCGGAAUCUUCCUCCUGGCGUCAAUACUUGCGCUCGCCUAUGUCGGGACGAACCUAGCGAUCAAGCGUACUCACCGAAGCUCCCUACCAUUCGCCUCAGAUAUGACAGCGCUCUUCCCCAAGUACUUCACGAUUAGACGCGGGCAGUUCGUUGGUACCAUGCUCGGCGUCUGCAUCGUCCCUUGGAAAAUCCUCGUAUCCGCGAAGGCCUUCCUGACGUUCCUUUCGGGCUACGGCUACUGGCUCGCACCGAUCGCGGCGGUGCUCACUAUGGAUUACUACUUCGUCAAGCGCGGCAACAUUGAGCUUGCGGCCCUCUACACUGGGGCGCCGACCGGGAGAUACUACUUCAACAUGGGCUGGAAUUGGCGUGCCAUCUCGGUGGUGAUUCUCUCACUGCUACCCUGCAUGCCCGGCUUCGCGAACAGCGUCGCCAGCGAACCCUUAAGUAUCAGCAAGACCUCACAACGACUAUUCUACAUCGGCUUCGUCCUCACGUACGCCAUCGCAUGCGUGAUGUACUACCUCAUCUGCCUCGUCUUCCCCGUGCCGCGGAUGGACGACUCGUUCGAGGCGGUCGCCGACGCCAACGAUGCGCGCGAAGCGGCUGGUGGGAAGCUGGUGAUGAUGGGUGGGGAGAAGGCCGAUGAAGAAUCGGAGACGAACUCUGACGACAAGAAGAGUGUUGCGGAUGUCUAUGUUUUACCAGCUUGA